AUGGUUGAUCCUUAUGAUAUCGGAAGAUUUGCCGCUGCGGCAGUAUGCGAUCCGAUUCGGUUUCAUGGGAAGGAGGUGGAGAUCGCGUCGCAAAUGAUGGGAGCAGAGGCCAUCAUUCAGGACAUUGCCCAGGCUACUGGGCGAGACAUGGAGGUGGUCUUUUUGUCUGAGGAGGAAGUCAAGGGAAAGAUGGCAACGGAUCCUUUCCUGGGACCUCAGUUGCUUUUACGCGAUAUGGCUAUUUUCGUUGAUUUUGAGAAGGUGAAAGGAUGGAAUAUUGAAUUGAGUACAUUUGCGGAGUUUUUGGAGCGGGAAAAGAAGCGGGUUGAAGAGGCUUAUCUUUGA